CUGACCAGAAAACACCCAGGAAAUAUUCACAUGUUCAGUUGAAGCUACAAUUGUGGAGAUUUUCGGCUCGAAUUUUCCCUAGGAGGCAGCUGGAGCCAGAAGCUGUAACCAUGGAUACAGGUGUACCAGCUGCCACCUCGCACCUGGGAGCCCACCUGCUGCAGUCGCUCAACAUCCAGCGCCUGGAGGGACAGCUGUGCGAUGUCAACAUACAGGUUGGCGAUCAGUCCUUCCCAGCACACAAGGCAGUCCUGGCCUCCUACAGCGCACACUUCCACACCCUCUUCUGUAACCAAAACAGCGGGGUCAUACCCUUUGACCUGGCCAUCAGCGACAUCACCCCCGGCAGCUUCUCACACAUCCUGGAGUUCAUGUACACCGGGAAGAUCCCUCCUGAGGAGCCGGAACACUCUGACUUCAUCCGGGUGGCCAAACUGUUUGAGAUGGAGACUAUCCUGGACCUCGUGGUCAAGAUUCAGAUAAGUACAGCUGCAGGUGCGGAGGCCAGUACAGGUAAGACGGACCAGGGGCUCGCCGUGGAGCCUGUUUCCAGCGAUGAGGAGGCUGAAAACGCCAAGCUGCAGAGUUUGUCCUCGUCAGACCAGCUGUCCGUGAUCGGGCAGGGCAUGGCAGCCACACUGAGCCAGGCCACUGAUGGGAGAGUUAAUCAGGUUAGUCAGUUUUAUUACUGUCACAUCAGCUUACUGUCCACAACCUGGAAAUUUGACACAAUUGGAGAAUGCAAUCAUUGCAUAUAGUAUAGUCAAGUUGCUGUUUUCCAAUAAAUGACAAGAAAAUAAGCUGUAAGCUUGAGUAUGCCAUCAUCAUAUGCAUGUCCUGUAUUCAAAUGUUGCAAUAAAAAAAUCUAAAUUUGGGGUCCUCGUGACACGCUAAAAAGGGAUUUUUACUUA